AGUUAAAAGGCCGUCAGUGCUUAAUGCUUAGUUGUUGCAUAGAUAUUCGUAACGAUAGCAUAUACAUAUUGUAGAGAAAAACAAACCAAAAGCAAUGGAAUUCGAAACAAACAAUAGUGCCAGUAGUACCACCAUCGACAAAAUUGAGCCAUCCCAAGCUCCAGUGCUGAAUAUAUCUGGAAGACGUGAAGACACUCCUCGCAUUUGGGAGAUAAAGAAGACGGCUGAUGCUACAGAUCCACGGCAGGCACACCCCAAAAUCAACGCUAUGAGAUUUCCAGUAAUCCUACGUGGAAUUCUGUUGAAAUGUAGCUCUCCACCACCUCCAAUCGAUCCGUACAAUGUCGACUACACACAGAGUCUGUGUUUCCUGUGUCUAAAAAAACCACUCGAACGGAAGCGUUUAUACCAUAUGUUCCUGUCGACGCCUACGGCUCUAGGGAAGGACUACAAUCAAGUGAAUUCCAUGUACAGUAAUAGAGCAGACUUCAAAAUUGUAGACCAAAUAACCGUGAACACAUUCUGUGCACGAUCACUGUACCGCAGAGUUCAAAAACACUUUUCCGAUGCUGUGUGGAACAAGAAAGGGAAUGUUUUUGAGAUGGAAAUGAUUGCAGACACAGACGUCUGGGCGAUUUCACAUGAUGUGUAUGAGAUGCACAAUAAGGAAAUGGAAAAACUAGUUAAUUACAUAAAGUACUUGAGAAUUACAAAGAACUGAACCAAAACUGUUUUUACAUUUUUAUUAAAACUCUUCUUUAAACAUAGAAACUAACUAUGUUGGACGUCAUCGAUUUACUACCCAAUAAAUGGUUCCGUAUGGAUGUUGUGAUGGA